AUGAAUACAAAUUUAAUUGCCAGAUUUUAAAAUAGUGCAGUAGUAUAUUAUGCUUAGAGAGGAUGGUAUUGGACAAAUAGAAUAGGAAAGUUAAACAUUUUGACAGCAGCAGCAAUAUGGUAUAUAUUUGGAGAGAGGUAAUGAUGAUGAGAUAAUGUUUUAGUUCAAUAGCAGGAACAUAAAGAACAACAUUAUAUAGACAUAAUUGGAUAUAGAAUCCAAAGCCUUCUCGUGUAAUAUUUGAGGAGAGAUGGUGA